AGAAUAUCCUCAUGGAGACAGACUGUCCAAGGAGAAGCUGAUUGUAAAAUCAUUCAAAUUCCUGGUCACACUGAGAUUAAAUACCGGUCAGAGAGGGGUGUAGCAGCUAUUGAACUUAUCGUAAGCCAGGGAACUUGAUUAGGUCUCCAACUGAUCAGAUGGCAAAGCUCGAGCAAAUUGAGCCUGACGGGAUUGUGCAUCAAUCUGCUCAGCCCCCGCCCGCAGCAGCAGUUCCACAACAAGGACAGACCCAGAUUCAAAGCUGUUAUCCUGGAGAUGUUUCAAUCUGUCAGGGAGUCAGUGAGAAUAUUGCUGUCGGGAAUCCAUGGACGACAGGGUUGUUCGACUGUCAAGAGCAUCCAAGAAGUGCUAUCAUGUCAACUUUCUUACCCUGCGUGACCUUUGGACAGAUAGCAGAGGUAUCGGAUUCUGGGGAGAUGAAUUGGGCAUUGGGGGGAUAUAUUUACUUAGUGAUGAUGCCGGGAUUAUGCUCGCACUGGCUGAUGGGAUCGAAGUACCGGGCGAAACUUAGGAGGAACUAUAACUUGGUGGAAGCUCCUCACACUGACGUGAUCACCCACAUCUUCUGUCCCUUCUGUGCCCUUUCCCAAGAGUUUAGAGAACUCAAGAACAGAGGCCAUGAUCCUGCUCUAGGAUGGAAAGGUAUAAUGGCUCAACAGCAGGCGCCCAAUAAUGGUCACCUGGACAUUAGUAUUCCUCCACAAAAUCAAUUCAUGACUCGAUGACGAAGGGCAAGAACUUAAGCCAAAAGCCGUCUUCUUCUGAAUUUCGUUUCUGAAACUAUAUAUCGAUAAUUAGCAACUGUUGCGCGUAUGUGAUUUCCAAGUUUGUUCAUGAGAAGUUAAUGAACUUUCUGGCUCAAAUUGACAUUGAAAUCCGGAGUUAUGUGUAAGCUAAUCUUUUAUAUCUUA